AUGUCUUCAUCUGACUCUGACGCAUCAUUGUCAACAUACAACUCCAAAAAAUGUGUGUCUGUAUCAGAUUCUAACAUGUCGUUAUCAACCUCCAGAUCCAAGAAACACACAUCUUCAUCAAACUCUAACGUGUCAUUGUCAACCUCCAGCUCCAAAAAACGCGCUUCAACAGAUGAUAUCCUCAAUAAUAUGACUGCCACUGGCAGAUGGAAGAAGACCAGGUUGAGUGAUGUGUUAUCAGAAUAUUGCACUGCUGGGUGCAAGGCAGUUGCCACCUUAAAUCCAUUUGCAAAUGUGUCGCCUGCAUUUCAUUACAGUAUGACUCUUGACAAGGGUGGUUCAACAUCCAGUUCAAAUAUAUCUGAGGAGCAACAGGCACAAUUUCUCAUGUUCUAUAAUGGCAUUCUAGACUUUGUUCCUGGCUUCCAUGAAAAUCUCAAUGAGCUGUCCUAUGAUGAGCUGAAACCUUAUCUCACAGUGAUUAACAGUUUAAUGAGCUCGCAACACUUAGAUGAUCUCUCAUCCCUGAAGCACUCAGUGCUCGAGUAUAUUCUUGCUGACUGUACCACCAACACGCUCCAGCCUCCCAUCCUGAAGUCUUCUUGCAAGUCAAAUCGUGGUCUGAAUCACCCCUGGCUAGCGUGGGAACUUUGCCCUUGA